UAUUCCUUUGUGUUCGAUUCCAUAAGAUGAUUAAUUUUUUUAUAAUUUAUUUUACUUCUAAAUUAAUUCUUAUCGUUUUAGACGUUUGAAUAAUCUAUGUAGUAAACCUAUGCUUGUGGUAAAAUAACUGUUAUAAUUUUUAUAUUAUACUCGAGUACUGUAUAUUUACUGUAAAUUUUAAUCAUACAACUAAUAAUAAUUAAAAUUAAAAUCCUCAUUUAGUAAUUUCAUUACCUUAAUAUGGCUGACUUAUCCUAUGCAUUACCUUUGUUGUUACUAUUAACUGUUACCUUAACUCACUUCUGUUUACACAGAGUGGAUGAAGGACAUGUGGCUGUUUAUUACAGGGGUGGCGCGUUAUUAUCUCAGAUUAGUUAUCCUGGUUACCACAUUAUGAUGCCUUUCCUAACCACUUUUCGGUCUGUUCAAGUUACACUUCAAACGGAUGAAGUGAAAAAUGUUCCUUGUGGCACAAGUGGUGGUGUAAUGAUUUAUUUUGAUAGAAUUGAAGUAGUCAAUAUACUAAAUGCUGAUAGUGUUUUUGAUAUUGUAAAGAAUUACACAGCAGAUUAUGAUAAAACAUUAAUAUUUAAUAAAGUACAUCAUGAACUUAAUCAAUUUUGCAGUGUCCAUAAUUUACACGAGGUGUACAUUGAUUUAUUUGAUCAAAUUGAUGAAAAUCUCAAAGUAGCACUGCAAAAAGAUUUAACUGAAAUGGCUCCUGGACUCAAAGUACAUGCUGUACGUGUCACUAAGCCUAAAAUACCUGAAACAAUACGUAAAAAUUAUGAAAUAAUGGAAGCAGAAAAAACUAAAUUGCUAAUUGCUGAACAAACACAAAAAGUUGUUGAAAAAGAAGCUGAGACUGAACGUAAACGUGCUAUAAUAGAAGCUGAGAAACUAGCUCAAGUGUCUAGAAUUGAAUUUGAACAAAAAAUUAUGGAAAAAGAAUCUAUUAAACAAAUUUCUGUUAUAGAAGAUACAAUUCAUCUAGAAAAAGAAAAGAGUGCUGCAGAUGCUGAAUUUUAUCGUAUUAAAAUGCAAGCAGACUCUAAUAAGUUAUUGCUGACUAAAGAGUUCUUAGAAUUGAAACGCAUAGAAUCUCUAGGAAAUAAUACAAAACUUUACUAUGGACCAGAUCUUCCAAAAAUUUUCAUGCAACAAUAUGUGCCAUUAAAAUAAUAUUAUUAUUGCAUUUUCAAUUAAAUUUUAAUUACAUUUUAAUAUGAAAAUUGAAAAAAUUGGUUAUACAUAAUAAGUUUAAGAGAAUUACAUAAAUACUAGUCAAUUUCACUAAACUAAAUAUUUAUAAAUCAUAGAAAUAAAAUAAGAUAAUUUAUUUUUGUAA